UUCAAAUAAUAGAUGAUACAGAGACAGUAACUGUCCUGCAGACAAGCUGUUAACAAUGUUCUUUAUUUAAUCAAUAAUUCUGUGUUUUUCUUCUAGGAAGGUGAACCACAGCACUGUGCUCAAGAAAUAAAAGAAACCCGAUAGUCUAGUUACAAUUCAUCACGUGAGCUUCCUGAAAAGAGUUCAGUUUCUAACAAGCACAGCCAGCUGCAUUGAUUAACUUCCAUACCUAGUUCGACCCUUUCUUACCUCACAGCAGUGCAGAAUAGCAGAGCUAAAAGACAAGGCAAAGUCAAGUCAGCAUUUUGUGUACUGCAGAUGAAGAGAGUGCCUGACGCCCUGGCAAAGGGAAGUGCCAGUUCUGAAGAGAAGAGGGUAAUUAUAAGGAUAGGGCUGAACAACUUAUGGACCAUUGCUGUUUUUUCUAAGAAAGGCUGAUAUCCAGUCAUCUGUUUGUGUAGAAUAAUUGUGCAGCUCCAUUCAGGGGUAAAAGUUGUGAUGCAGAGACAAGCUUGACAGUGGCAUACUCUUACAGAAACUCCAAUUGUUCUGCAUGCCUAAGGACUGAAGUUUAGAAAUCAGGCAGGUGUUGAAGGAAGAAGAUGGAUUCAGAAUAUGUGACUGUUAGUGGGAAUAUACCACAUGAAAACAAUCUAGGAAGAGAAAACAUGCACGCAGAUGAGACCUUGACUAUGUGCAUAAAUGGACUAAUACAGAAUAAUCUGGAUCUCAGUAAAAUAACCAAGGGGCAAAAAGCACAAGAUAAAGUCUUCCCUCAGCCAUCCGCUAGUGAACAGGACUGCUGCUGGAAUAAGGAAAGUCUAGAGAACUCUUUCCUCCGUGAGGAGGGUAACAUAGCUUCUAAUAACACAUGUCCAGGCUGGGCAGAAGGUGACCAGGAAGACAGGCACAUCCUUCAGAAUAACACAACCAUAGGAGCCGAUAAGGAGAGCAGAGUCCAUCAAGGUAUGGGUCCCACUUCGGACAACACCCCUGGCCUGAUCCAAAGGAGAGAAUAUGCUGAGCAACAGGACAAGAAGAGGCAUGGGAAGGAAUCAGUGAUGCAUGAGCUGUCUCUGCUGGUACAAAAGACUGUGAGAAAUAGUAGCUGGUGGGAGAGACGUGGCCUUGAUAUCAGUAUCAUUGCCUUUGGAUUUAUUUGUGCAUUUGCAGGGUUUCUUCUGUUGGCUUCCAGUGAUGCUUUCCCCUUCCUGCUUGGAUUCACACUCCUUGGUGUAGCCCAUACAGUGAUCACUGUUAAAGGAAGUCAUUUAGCUAGCCACAAUGCUCUCACAGAAUCUAAAUGUUGGUCAAAAUUCUGGAUUGUCUUCUUUCUAGAGGUCUGUAGUGCCUUUACAGCUGAGAAAGGAGCUCAUGCACACGUGAAGCUACAUCAUGCUCAUACCAAUAUUAUUGGACUGGGAGAUUCCAGUACCUGGAAAUUGCCAUUUCUUAAUCGAUAUGUUUACAUGUUCAUCGCUCCACUUGCUGUUCCAGUAAUCACACCACUAGUUGCACUUAGUCUUCUCUGGGAUGUGCCUCUGAAGGUUGCACUGAGAACCAUCUUUCUGAUAUCACUAGGCCUCUGGGCUAAUUAUUGGCUACUGAUUAACAUCUCUGGAUUCCAGUCUGUGUGGUCUGCUAUACUAUGUAUGUUUCUGAGCAGAGCUCUGUUAUCCAUCCCAUAUGUACAUGUCAACAUAUUUCAGCAUAUUGGCCUGGCCAUGUUCUUACCUGAGAAGAGACCAAAGAGGAUGCAGCAGAUGUCUUAUGGGGUACUAAAUCUACCUCGAAACCCCAUAUUAGACUGGUCAUUUGGACAUUCCCUCAUCAAUUGUCAUGUGGAACAUCACUUAUUUCCAAAUCUCAGUGACCAGCUAUGUCUCAAGGUGAAGCCAGUUGUCUCCAAGUACCUAACUGAACAGCAUCUCCCUUACAAUGAAGAUACCUAUUUAUCACGCUUAAAGAUGUUUAUUCGUCAAUAUGAGGAGUUAAUGGUCCAUGCUCCCGCUAUAACAGACCUCGUGGGCAUCCAGUGAGAACUCUCAUUUUGAAUAUUGUGAACUCAGCAACAAGUACAUUGACUGUAUUACAUAGCAAGGGAUGUGACUAAAUGGGGGGAUUAUAGCUGUGAAUCACCAUUAUACAAACUAUAACUCCAGCACAGACUACACACACAUAUAUAUAUAUAUAUAUAUAUAUAUAUAUAUAAGCAAAAAGUAUGAUUUAAUUCUUAUUUCCACAAAUGCUAACAGAGGUGCAUUAUGGGAGUACAGAGCCAUCAGCUUUAUUCAAAGCCCAGGAAGACUUCUUUGCUACAUGUCGUUCUGAGAUAAUUAUGAGAACUGUACUUUUGCAUAUGAAAGACUAAUGUGACAGGGUUUCUGUAUUAAAAAGAGUUACCUUGGGCCAGCAGUAAACCCACAGCUGUGAAUGCCUACAUUUAUGCCCUUUACCAUAGCUAUAGUUGUAUUCUAAUAAGCAGUAAUGGACAGGAAGAGAGGUGAAUAUCCCCAGAAUAUGGAUGCUGGUUCUUGCACAGAUACAGCUAGUCACUAGGGGAUAGGGAAGAGUGUGAAGCAAAGUUAAGGGAUCGUCAGGGGAGCGCUGCUAUGUUUUCUUUAAAAAAAUGUUACAUUUCCAUUCUGCCAGUUUUACAAAUCUUUAAGCUGUAGCAAAUGCACAAAAAGAUAUUCUCAACAUUUUAGCUACAACAAGAAUAGCACUAAAGAUCCUCACUUGUUUAACUAAAACAAAAUUCCUCCAAAGAACUAAAGUACUGCAACCUUUGUGUUGCAGAAAAUGUAAACAUUUCACUCUGUUAAUAGAACUGUGAGCUUGUUGUGAGCUUCAUGUAGGUUAUCAGAAGGGACACAAUCUGAGCAUUCCAUUCUGUUACAUUCUGAAUACCAUAAAGAAACAAUAUAUUUAGUAAUGGUGACUUUUCCCUACAAAAUGGCCAGUUUAUUUAUUACCCAUAUGCAUAUCAACAUAAUUCCUAAAAUGAAAACAAAAAAAAAAAAAAAAAAGAAAGAAAAAGAAAAUAAAACAUAACUGCAGCAGAAAUACACCUAAGUUAAACUAUGCCAUCCAAAGAGAACUUAGUAAUAAGUGGGUGUUAGAUCUGUUCGGGAGCACUAACAUACGAUUAUAUUCAUGUUCCAAUUGCCACAGGAGACUGGCUCAGCUGAUAUGAAGUGUCAGAAAAAUGUAAAUAAUCUUAAAUAUUUAUUUAGUUAAUGUUAUCAAGUGACUCUUCCAGUUUUAUUAUGAGUUGGAGAACAACACUUUUGCUGCCAUCUAAACUGCCCAAAGAAGGAUCAUACAUCAAAGAAAGAACAAAAUGAUGUUUUCUUUCUGUUAUCACUGUUGCAGGAGGCAUCUUCCCUUCUCCCUCCUAUUUAGUAUCACUUAUCAUCGUAAUCUGUAAACAAAGGGGAAAAAGCCUGAAUUCAUUUUCUUUAGUAAACAUAAUGGAGUGGCUAUGAUUUUUGUAAACUUCAUGUUGCUGAUAUUGAGUUAAAACGUUUUUCUGCAAAUUAAAACUGCUAUUGAAACAUCCACAUUUUCCACAAAAAGUUAUUUUUAAGUAAUAGUGGAUGACAUCUUAUCAUCUUACUAAAAGAAACUACCUACAUGAUGAAGAUUUUUGCAUAAACAUCUGGAAUAUUUUACUUGGCAAAGUUCAAAGUACUUGCUAAAUCUAAAAAAACAGGACCUACUAAUUUUUUCAGUGCAUGCUUCUUACAGUAGUGAUGUUUCCACUGUUUUCCUAUCUAUAACCUUAAUGACUAAUCAUGGUUGUACAGUUUAUGGAAACUGUAUCAUACCCUGCAUUGCUGUUAGGGGAAAAAAGUAGUGUAACAGUAUGAGAUAAAAAUGUAAACUUUCCAUGUGGCAAGCCAUAAGAUUUAGACACUAAAUAAUGAAGGCUAGCAUUUUUUUUCAGUUCAUUAAAAAUGGAAAUGAAAGCCAAAGUCAUCUGGGCCCUGCUUUAAGGUUUAUGUAAGCAUCUAACACUUUUUAAUAAAUACUGAAUAUCUCGAAAAUAGAAAACCUAUGUUUAAAUGAACACAUUCUGCAAACAUAUUUCUUUGAUCAAGAUCUUUCCAUAGUGACUUAUGACCUUCCAUAGUGACUUAUGACCUCAAGAUUGAAAAUCAAUUUGUAUUAACCACAGAAUUUGACAGAAACCUUGAGAUUUUUGUCUGAAAACAUUUACUUAUGCAUAACCUUUUCUAAAGCAUGAUUAAAAUAUGUUGUCUGUGGAUUCCAUGAUAUCUAUUUCAGCUAAAAUAUAUGUUGCUUUUAACCAGUGCUUCUCCAGUCCUUCUGCACAUCAAAGUUGUUAGGGACUUAGUAAGUAUAAUAUAAUAUGGCAAGAACAGAAGUACAGUGCCACUCCAGUCACACAUCUAUGUGCAGCUGCAACGAUUCUUACAUUGUAGCAUGCUAGCGUGUUGCAUAUGCUGUCAGCUGGGUUGUCUUGGUCAACAUUUAAUCAAAGCAGAAUACCACUAAGAAAAAAAGUCAAAUUAAUGUAUUAGCAGAGUCUAUGUACAGCAGACAGAGGAAAGUGCACAUGUAAGAUGUGUAUUUUGAGAUUAAGUACUCAGAUAAACUUAUGUAUAACAAAAAAAAAAAGUAUGUCCCUUGGAUGAGACAAUAAACUGAGGCCUCAUCUGCCUGAGUUGAUGGUAGCUUAGGUGGAUGUAAAAAGAGCCCACAGUACUUAUCAAAAAAGAGUCGGGAAAGUUUCCCUAUGCCCUGGGCAAAUUUCCCCUAGUCAGUAUGAAUAACACCUUAUAUCUCUCCUGAAAAGAGGCCACUAACCUAGUGGGAGUAACCCCGUCAAAAAAGUCUAAAUAAAAUAAAAUAAAUAAAUAUGAUUAUGCUUCAGUGUCUCCAGUAAAACUGAAUGUUGUACAAUAAGAAAAAACCCCACAUCAAUACACAAUUGUUGUUGCAAAAAAAGUGUUUUGUAGGGACAAGUCACCCUCUACUAUCACCCCCCCUGCACAUGUGAAAUGCUGUGGUUUCCACAAUAAUGAUUCUAAAGAUCUUUACUAACUCUGUGUCAUACAAGCCUGGUUAGGUGAAUACGUCCUUCCUCCAAUGCCAAGUGACAUUGAAUUUAAUAUAUUUAUAAUAUAUAUGUGUGUUCAGAGCAAUACUCAGGAUAUUUAAUAUGGUAACAGAGUACUUGAUAUUACUGCCAUUUAUUAACUACAGUCAGAGAAAUAGGCACCAACAGGGGUAAAGAGGGAAAAUUAAAUAACAGAAAAAAAAGUUGGAGGAUAUUGAGAGCAAAUAUGCGAAAGUCAUCUAGAGAAUGAAGACAGGAAGUAGGAACAGAAGGAGAUAAGAAGGUUUUAGGGAAGAUUUAUGCCAUUUGAGAAAAUGGCAAGUGAAAGCAUCUACAAAGCUAAUUUGAGAUGGGGAGGAGUAUGAAAUGUCUUGGACUACAAGGUUUCCAUGGUGAUGCUAAAGCACUUAUAGUAGCUGGUGGACAUUUUGAGUAUUGAGUAGCAUGCAUAUCUCUCAACCUCUUAGCUCACAAAUUCUAGACAAAAUCAAAAUUGAAAAUAAUAUGGAGAGAAAGGGUUGAAAUCAGGGACAAAUUGAAAUAUCGCUUUUAGAAACUUAGAAAGCUGGAAGAAGAACAUGUUUUGCAUUAGCAUGCAUUUCCUGAAGAAUAUGAAGUGUGAAUUUGAACAGCUGUCAUUAUUUAGUGACUUCAUUCCUUAAUGAUUUUCCAAAAAAAAAAAAAAUUUGAUUUUAUGAAGAACACACCAAAAAUGUGAUGCAAAAACUAGACAUUCUGUACAAUUCUGGACAGUUGAGAAGGAUUUUGAAAUGGCAAGCAUAAGUCUGUUUAGGGACUGCCAAGAGCCCAGGGUGACUCUUUGGUUCUGUAACUGAAUGGUCUUGGACUAACAGUUGUAGUAGCUACCAGUGCCAUUGACUGAAAAUGUAGACCUUUCUGGAUGCCAAUAAACUAAAAUGGCAAACUGUUUUUCUUUCUAGCCAGUGUCAUACUAGGGCAGUAUAUGGCUUAUUGAAACUUUACAAAAAUGCAAACGAAACAAGUGGAGUAAGGGAAUCCAACAGUCACUGCUCACGGCAUACUUCCCUAACAAACAAAGGGAAUGAUACCUUUAUAUGUAUGGAACAGAAUGUCAGAAAUUGACAUGAAUCCUCAGUAAACGAAGGGGUUUACUCUUGUAUUUAAGGAUUAGCAGCUCCCUACUAUAUAUGCAAAUGAAAUAUAGAGUUCAGCUCACUGUUGAAUCUUUAUAUAAUAAACCUAGCUUAGCUAUUGCAAGAACAGGGUCUUGAUGCCAUAGAAAGUCAGCAUAUUCUAGACAGGUAAGGCAAGGGGUUCCACCAGGGCUAUCCUAGUAUCCUGUAAGAGCACAUGUUUAAUCAUGUAAGAGAGCUCAGGCUUGUGCUGUGAGUUGUUUCAACAUCUCCAUGCCAUUAUCUGAAACAAGGAAAAUCUGUCUGGUCUAGGUUUCAAGGUCUUAGAAAUACUGAUGCACAUUUCUAUUUAUUUGUCUAAAAGUGAAACAAUGUACCUCACACAAAAAUAUUCUUAGCUAUGGAAUAUAUGGACUAUAUUUUUACUUAUAAUAAGGUUCAACAUUUCUUGAAUCUUUUUAUCAUGCUAAAUAUGCACAAGUACUCCUAAAUUUUCAUAUUAAUGACAGACAGCAGAUUAAACUUUUAACUAUACCUUUAAAUCUCAGAAAAUAUGUAUUUUGGGUCAGUGGGACAGGGAUAACAAAUUAACCUUAGAUCAUACCUUUUCUUGCUUAUUUCUGUCAUCCUUUUGAGUACUGGUUAUCAAAAAUAGCAUUUCUUCCAACAUUUUGAUACUUGACAUGAUCUGAAAAUGUUCCCACAACAUGUCAAGACUUCCAUAGUCACCGUCUGUACUGCAUCCAUUAGCAUAUUGUUCUGAUUAUUCACCAUAAUUGUCAUACAGCCACAUUCACAUGCACCUAACUGCACUCACAGUUUCCUUGGGAGAACUUUUUUCUGAUGUUCUCAUUUCUAUGAAAAAGAGACAAUAUAUAUGGUGGGUUUAUUCUCCCCCCUUUUUGUGCUCACAUUCUGUAACCCCAGUUAUCAUUCAAUAAGAUUUAUGACAAUCUCACUAGUCAAGUUACAACAAUUACUCACAUAAUUCUUAGGAGCAGCUUCUAUACAGUUGCUCCUAAGAAUUUCCAUGCAUUAUAAAACAUUUUUUACAAGAAUCAAGUCUGCCUGCAUCUUCAGUUUGGGGGCUUUGUCCUUGCAACCAUGCCCUCUGAUUAUACUUAUUCUGAGUUCACAGAAACACAGAGAAAAGAGAAAAGUUAUACAAAAAAUUAAAUACCCCUCCUUCUUAUUUGAUUUCUCCAACCAAAAAACAAAGCACUGUAACCA